UGUGAGUGUGAGUGAGCAGCUCGUGCUGCACGCACUCCAGCGAGAUAACAGCCCACCACCAACCGGCCGGCCGCCAUGGAGCCGGCGGCCAACGGGGGCUGCGCCGCGGCGCACGUCCUGGUCGUGCCGUUCCCGGCGCAGGGCCACAUGAUCCCGCUCCUCGACCUCGCGGGCCUCCUCGCCUCCCGGGGGCUCCGCCUCACCGUCGUCUGCACCCCGGCCACGGCGCCGCUCCUGGAGCCUCUCCUCGCCGCCGCGGCCGCGCGCCCGGGCGGCGCUGUGUCCGCGCUGACGUUACCGUUCCCUUCGCACCCCGCGUUCCCCGCCGGCGUCGAGAACGCCAAGGGGUCCGGGCCGGCGCUCUUCGCCGCGCUCAUCGCCGCGUUCGCGGGGCUGCGCGGCCCGCUCGGGUCGUGGGCGCGCGCCCGGGCGGACGCGCCCGACCGCCGCGUCGUCGCCGUGCUCUCCGACAUCUUCUGCGGGUGGACGCAGCCGCUCGCGGACGAGCUCGGCGUCCCGCGUGUCGUGUUCUCGCCGUCCGCUGUGUACGCCACCGCCGUGCUCCACUCUCUUUUCCGUCUGAUGCCCAAGCGCGAGGACGAGAACGACGACGAGUGCAAGAUCAAGCUCCCCGAUAUCCCGGGCUCUCCGGCGUAUCCAUGGCGGCAGCUGUCCAUGCUAUACCGGAUGUACAAGGCCGGCGACGAGGUCGCCGAGGCGGUCAAGAACAACUUCCUGUGGAACAUGGAGGGCUCGCUGUUUGUGUCGAACACGUUCCGACAGCUCGAGGGGCGGUACCUCGAGAAACCUCUCGCCGACCUGGGCUUCAGGCGCGUGCGCACCGUCGGGCCGCUGGCGCCGGAGCACGACGCGUCCGGGAACCGCGGCGGCGAGCCGGCCGUGGCCGCCUCGGAUCUCUGCGCCUGGCUCGACCAGUUCGCCGACCGCUCCGUCGUGUACGUCAGCUUCGGGAGCAUGGCGGUGCUGCAGCCGCCCCACGCGGCGGCGCUGGCUGCCGCACUGGAGCGGACCGGCACGGCGUUCGUUUGGGCCGCCGGGCCGUCGCAUGCGGCGCUCCCGGAGGGGUUCGAGGAGCGCGCGGCGGCCGCCGGCGGCAGGGGCAGGGUGAUCCGCGGGUGGACGCCGCAGCUGGCCGUGCUGCGGCACCGGGCGGUGGGGCGGUUCGUGACCCACUGCGGGUGGAACUCCGUGCUGGAGGCCGUGGCGGCCGGGGUGACCAUGCUGACGUGGCCGAUGACGGCCGACCAGUUCCUGAGCGCGCGGCUGCUCGCGGAGGAGCACGGCGCCGCCGUGCCGCUCUCGUGGGGCGGCCUCGGGGCGCCGCCGAGCGCCGACGAGGUGGCGCGCGUGCUCGAGGAGAGCGCCGUCGCGGCCGGCGGUACGGAGGCCAGCAAGGUGGCCGCGCGGGUGAGGGCGCUGGCCGAGGAGGCCGCGGCGGCGACGGGGGAAGGGGGGAGCUCGUGGCGGGAGGUGGACGAGCUGGCGCGCGAGCUGCAGGGGCUCGGGAGGAGGAGGUAGGCACGCGAUUCUCUCGCCGCGCUUCGCGCCUCGCAACGUGCGAUUCUCUUGGUUUUCCGUUGAUUACCAUAUUAUUGCCUAGAGAUUGCAAUGAGAUUGUACUUAGAAACUCGUUACUAUGUUAUCAACAUUAAUUAUCUUUUAUAUGUAUUGUCUGUUACUUACUGUGUAUAUUUAUUUUUACGCGUGGGUCUAUUCAUUCUAUAGUUUUUUUAUUUCAAAAAUAAAAAGUCAUUAGAGGUUAUUGAUAAGUAAGGCUAUAGUUAUUUCCUAGAG